AUGACGACUAUUCACAGGUUCUGCUGCAACGAUCUUCUUCGUUUUGCGUCCGUCAAUCUCGACCAUCUCACCGAAACAUUCAACAUGUCCUUCUACAUGACCUAUCUUGCAAGAUGGCCAGACUAUUUCCACGUUGCUGAAGGUCCUGGAAAUCGUAUCAUGGGUUACAUUAUGGGUAAAGUAGAGGGGCAAGGAGAAUCUUGGCAUGGUCAUGUAACUGCGGUAACAGUUGCUCCAGAGUAUCGGAGGCAGCAAUUAGCCAAGAAACUUAUGAAUCUGCUGGAAGACAUCAGUGAUAAUAUUGACAAGGCUUACUUUGUUGAUCUCUUUGUGAGAGCGUCAAAUGCACCAGCCAUCAAGAUGUAUGAUAAGCUUGGCUAUGUGAUUUAUCGACGGGUGCUACGUUACUAUUCUGGGGAAGAAGAUGGUUUAGAUAUGAGGAAGGCUUUGUCUCGUGAUGUUGAAAAGAAGUCCAUCAUCCCUCUUAAACGGCCAGUCACUCCUGAUGAAUUAGAAUCAGUGGAUGCUUUGGACGAGAAAAGGAUUUCCUCGUUGAAAGACUUUAUUGGGCUCAUAAUCAACGAGGUGGUCUUGCUGGAGCAGUGGUCUAAAUUACUUUUGAAGACAAGUUUUGUUUCACAUGCAGACCUUUAUUUUUCCUUGUGUCUGUAUUCCCUAUUCACACACACAGAUCUUGGUGUACCACCUUAUUACAAGGGGCCUAAUACUGCUGGACCAGCUAAUAUUGCUGGACCAGCUGGUGAGAGAACCCAACAAUAG